GAGGGAGGAUGGCGGCGGGGGACCCGGAGCAAGCGCGGUACUGCGGGCGGCUCUCCUACAUCUGCCUCAAGCUCAGCCUCAUCAUCUACUCCACCUUCUUCUGGAUCAUCGGAGCCCUCAUCCUCGCCGUGGGGAUUUAUGCAGAAAUCGAAAGACAGAAGUACAAGACUCUAGAAAGUGCCUUUCUAGCCCCAGCAAUUAUCUUAAUACUUCUGGGCAUUAUAAUGUUCCUGGUAUCCUUUGUGGGUGUGCUGGCUUCCUUAAGGGACAACUUGUGCCUUCUGCAAGCAUUCAUGUACAUCCUUGGUAUCUGCUUGCUGAUCGAGCUGACCGGUGGAGUGGUGGCCCUGAUCUUCAGAAACCAGACAAUCAAGUUUUUGAACGAUAACAUUAGAAGAGGAAUUGAGAAUUACUACGAUGAUUUAGACUUCAAGAACAUCAUGGAUUCUGUUCAAAAGCAGUUCAAGUGCUGUGGUGGGGAAGAUUACAAGGAUUGGUCCCAAAAUGUGUACCACAACUGUGGGGCGCCGGGACCUCUGGCCUGUGGGGUGCCCUACACUUGCUGCAUCAGAAAUAAGACAGACAUUAUCAACACCAUGUGUGGAUACAAAACCAUCGACAAAGAGCGCUUGAGCGUUCAGAACGUCAUCUACGUCCGAGGGUGCACGAAUGCGGUGCUGAUCUGGUUUUUGGACAACUACACCAUCAUGGCUGGAGUGCUGCUCGGCAUAUUGCUGCCCCAGUUCCUGGGCGUGCUGCUGUCCCUGCUGUACGUCACCCGCGUGGAGGACAUCAUCGCGGAGCACAAGCUGGGCGAGCGGCUCUUCGGGGACCCGCCCCUCGAGAAGGGGCGCCCGGCCCCCCUCGGCAUCGCUCCCCCGCCCUCCCAGCGGGGCUGCUCGCCCGCCGCACCGCGCUCCUGGACAGGCAGCGCGCACAGCCCCGCACCGCCGCGCACCGCGCCGGCCAAGGCCACCCCGCGGGGCCGAGGACCGGCCCGGGCUGGGGAAGCUGUCGCCCUUCCCGCUGGGGCCCAACUGGGCCGCUCCGGCCUCUCCCGGCCCCGGGAUCCCCGGCCGGGAUCCGCCGCGCCGCUUUGGUGA